AUGAACGAGUACUAUGACACACAGAUUGAGGAGCUCGAGGUUCUCAAAGCUAUCUAUGCGGACGACCUUGAAGACAAGACACCGCAGCAGAGCGCCUGGAGCCAAAAGCCCUGUCCUAAAUUCGAAAUUACGCUUCGUUCAGAUACUAAUAGCGACCCCAUAUUGACACUAGUGCUCAAGAUCGAAUUCACAGCCACAUACCCGCAGACGCUUCCAUUAGUGUCCUUUGGACGCUCCCAGAAUAUUCUCAGCUCUCAGCUCUCGUUUCUGCGUACAGAAAUCGAUAAGAUUAUGAAGCAAGAGAAAGGCGGUCCUAUGGUUUAUUCUGUCACGACGUGCAUAUUGGACCAUUUGAACGAGUUCCAAACGAGGGCCCGAACAGGUACGUUGGAAGAGGAAAGACUCCGUAGACUUGAAAAGGAAAAAGAGCUCAUGGAACAGCAAGAGAAGGAACAGCGACAAAAGAUUGAACUCGAGAGAGAAAAGGAGCAGGAAUUACUAGACCAGAUGGUGGCCACCGAAUUGAAACGAAGAUCCAAUAAGAGCGUAUCCGAAGCGCAGACUUCCUCGCCAACGCUCAAAGAAAACAUUUUAAGCUUGGAAUCUGCCGUGCAUAGCUCCAUGGACGAGCGAAUAUUUGUUUUUGACAAGACAAUUGAAACGCAUUUGGACUACUACAAGCUUAAUUUUCGAGCAGUAUCUGGGUUUGUGCCAAUUGAACCUAUUGGACUACUUAAAGACUGCAGCCAGCAGUAUUUGGUAAAACCUCAUAUCCAUAAAGAUUCUCCGGCGUACGGUCUGAUACAGGACCUUACCAAGGGCAAGAACAAACUUCAGUUCCUGUUCACAGAAAUAGAUCUCUCCAAUCCUUUCUGGAGGUCCAGUCAAGGCAAGAAACUGAUUUUUUCUCUUGAAAAAGAGCUCCAGGCUGUUACGAAUCUACGACAUGACAACAUUGACCGCGUCUUCGCUUUUAACAUUGAAAAGUUCGAAAUGACAUCUAGUGGGGAUGAAAGAUUUGACGUUUGGAAAAUUGCCAUAUUGACCAGCUACAAUGAUACGCUGGCAAAUCUUUUGAGUAAGAUAUCAUUCAUCAAUAUUAAUACCGCCCGCGAGUGGAUAAUCCAGCUCCUAGAAAGUUUGGAGUACCUACACAAACAAGGAAUGAUUCACAAAUGCCUCAACUUGGAUGCUAUUCAAGUCUGUCCAUCAUCCAUGGGGCAGAGCCAGGUCAAGCUUGCUAACGUAUGCUAUGGUUACACCAUUCUGAACAUGGUGUCAAGCUACCCAAAUCAGGGGCAGUAUGACGAUGUGCUGCCGUUUGAUGCUCCUGGAUGGAUAGCUCCCGAACGGAAAAAGAAUGGAUCUUCUCUAUUCGACAAACCGCAGCGCAAAACGGAUGUCUGGGACCUGGGGGUGAUUUUCGUCCAGCUUGUGUUAGGUUUUGACGUGAUUUAUGACUUUGAAAGUCCGUCAGACCUCUUAGCUAAUCAUACAGAGUUGGAGGAGCCGAUCGCCGAUUUUCUCAAAGCUAUAUUUGAUGUUCGCACCCGCAAGCGUCCAGAUCCUUUGGAGCUACUACCAUGUCGUUUUCUGCGGCUCAAUCUCAAUACAGUUCCUGCACUGUCGAUAGGAUCUGACUUUGUUGACAAGCGGAGUUCUGCUCAAAUCAACGGAUUUUCUGAUAUCUCAGAUGCACCAUUGCUUUCAGCCCCUAAAAAUAGGCCCAAAAGAGAUUCUUUCAACAGUGUUACUGCUCAUGAAUUCAAAUCCUACUCCAGAUACGUCCAAGAUUUUGAAGAGGUUGGAAGCUUGGGCAAAGGGGGAUUUGGUGAGGUUGUCAAAGUCCGAAACAAGUUAGAUGGCAGGUUUUACGCAAUAAAGAAAAUCAGGCACACCGAAGAUAAACUGGCCAAAAUUCUUAACGAAGUGAUGUUGCUGGCUAGACUCAACCACCAGUAUGUCGUUCGCUAUUAUGCAGCCUGGCUAGAGGACGAUUUGAGUUAUGGUGCUGUAUUUUCAGACUCUGAAGAUGAUGAAGAAGAGUUUGAGACCGAGGCGGAUGCCACAUCUGAAUAUACAAGAACAGGGAGCCAAACCUACACUGAUUUUAUUUCGUCCUCUGUGAAUCCUGAAUUGGAAUUUAACAUCAGCGAGGAUGAAGAGUCUGAUCCUGAAGAGGAGAAGGCAUUCACUUUUGGAACCGAAAGUGAAGAGGAAAAAGACAACGCAGUAGAACAAAGAUUGCCUGUUUCGAAAAAAAGAUCCGUUUUGUUCAUUCAGAUGGAGUACUGUGAAAAUCGUACCCUAUUUGAUCUCAUUCGCCAAGGUUUGUACAAAGACCCUGUCUUUUAUUGGAGGAUUAUGCGCCAGAUACUUGAAGCUCUUAGCCAUAUUCAUUCCCAGGGUAUUAUUCAUCGGGAUUUGAAGCCAAUGAAUAUUUUCAUUGAUGAAAACCAAAACGUCAAGGUUGGAGACUUUGGUCUUGCGAAGAACGUUCAUUAUCUUCCAUCAACAAACAGGAAAGUUUUAGACGUCUCAGAAAGUGGGGAAGAUCUUACCUCAGACAUUGGCACAAGGUUGUACGUCGCUGUUGAGGUCAUGAAUGGCUCUGGAGCAUACAACGAAAAAGUUGAUCUCUAUUCAUUGGGUGUAAUUUUCUUUGAGAUGGUGUACCACCUGGGUACUUCUAUGGAGCGAUAUACCGUGAUCAGUAAUCUGAGAGCUCCCGAAAUUGUAUUCCCGGAGGAUUUUGAUAACGAACGUUUGGCAACCGAGAAAAAAAUCAUAAAGAUGUUACUCGACCAUAACGUCGAAAGAAGACCAUCGGCUCGACAGUUGCUUCAAAGCGGACUGAUCAGGGUUGAACAGCAAGACGAUUUAAUGAAGGAAGCUUUAAAUGCGCUGAUUGAUCCUUCUUCCUCGUGGCACCAUCAGGCUAGAAGCAUUUUAUUCUCCCAACCUUAUAGUUACGUGCGUGACCUUUUGUUUGGGGACGUUGAAAAAUCGUACGGAACAGCAGACUAUCUUUUGCACUCCAAAAUAGUUCAAGAGAUCUCCAAGAUAUUCAUGAGACAUGGUGGCAUUGAGUUUGUUGACCAUACUGCUUUGCUAUUUCCUAAGAAUCCUCUGUAUGAUUCGACGUACAAGGUUUACGAGGUACUGGACAAGGCUGGAUCAGUUCUUCAGCUUCCAUAUGAUUUAACGCUUCCUAUGGCUAGACUUCUUGGACGCAGGCCGCUGUCAAUUCACAAGUUUUUCAGAAUUGAAGAUGUAUAUCGCUCGAUAGACAAAGAUGAAGGAUCUGGCCCAAGCAAGUUCAAGGAAAUUGACUUCGAUAUUGUUUCUCGCCCGAAUGAUUCGGCAGAGCUGCUACCCUUCUAUGAUGCGGAGUGCAUUAAAGUGAUGAGUGAAAUCAUAGCUAUUUUGCCGUUCCUGAAGCAGAGCAACGUGAAAAUCAUAUUGAACCAUUGCAACUUGCUAGAUACAAUCCUAGAAUACUGUGGCAUAGAAAGACCGCAGAGAGUUAUUGUCAGCCGAAUCCUUGCCGAAGUUGGUUUUGGAAAGACUAUCAAGGAGGUGAAAGCUAUCUUGAAGCAGGAUCUCAACAUGUCAUCCACAAUCUUGAACGAACUUGUGCAGUUCGAUUUCGGACUCCCAAUUGGACAAGUGAGGUCAAAGCUACACAAGCUCAUGAUGGAUAGCCCGCAUCUAGGGAAGGUGGAUAAUUCCUUAAAUUAUAUCUCGAAGAUCAUGAACUACUUGGAAUGGUUUAAUGUGGAGCUCAACAUCGAAAUUAGACCAUUUAGCGGCUAUAACUCUGCGUUCUAUAAAGGGGGAAUCAUGUUUACGGCAGUAUACGAGGACAAGUUCAAAUCCAUCAUAUGCGCUGGCGGACGUUACGACGAACUAAUUAGCACAUUGGCUCGCAACAAGUCGCCCCGUGACCUCCCAAGAGCCGUGGGGCUCCGUUUGGCUUGGGAUUUCCUUUUCAACUCGAUGAAACGGUAUCAGGACAUGUUCAACAACCGUAAGGACACGAAGCGCAAGUUUCAGAAGGAGAACCUGAAGGUUGUUUGGCAGACCAAGAAAUGUGACGUUCUUAUUGGAUUUUUCUCUACUGGUAUCCUGAAAGAAAUUGCGCCUUUUCUGUUGCAGGUACUCUGGUCGAACGAUAUCAGCGCAGACCUGGUGAACAAUUCGGUCACCAUCGACGACAUGGUAAAUCAGGCAGUCGAAUCGAAUGUGAAAUGGUUGCUUGUGGUGAAGGCUCAGACAAAUAUGGAGACACUUAAGGGAAACUCAAAGAGCAACAAAUAUAAACCAUUGCGACUCAAGAAUUUGGAGGCAAAAGUUGAUAUCGAAGUUGACUUGCACGAUCUCGUGUCGUUGUUAAAAGGCGAGCAGCCAAAAGAGAUUGAGGUCGAUACCAAGGAUGUGUUGCAGGACGCCGAGGCACUUGCAGACAACCGUCAACGAGUUGUGGUUGUUCCUAAUAACGCAACGGGAGCCAACAAGAAAAAUAACAAGAAGGAGAAAUGGGCGAUUGUGGAUCAAGCGGCCGAGUCCGCAGAGUCUCUGAUCCGAGUCCUGGAAAGUUCUCCUAUCUUCACCAUUGAAGCGAGGGACGAAGUGCUUGCGAUGAUUAGUAUCACGUCGCUGAACCAGCCAGACGAAUGGAAACGGAAAGUUGGCGGAGUCUCCAGCUCGACGCCCCGCUCGUUUGUGGCUAAUAUAUACAAUGCACUUUCGAAGGAGGCGUCCAAGGGGACAAAAUGGGCGAUUUUGUAUGGUGGUCCGAAAUCGGGCAAGGUUUGUAUAGUUGACUUGCAGAAAUAAACUCAGAAAUCAUACUCAUCUGGUUCCUCUUUGAAACCCACGAUAAAGAGCACGAUGCUGAGAUAUAUGAUGAAACCUCCCGCGACACUUAAAAUUAAACUCCAAUGCGUGAUCAGAUGGCAAUGGAAAAGGAUAAUGGGGAAGAUUAUCCCGCUGAUAACAAGAAAUCCCGUCAUGAAUUUGAAGAACUCCUUAAUUGGUAUCUCCUCGUGGGAAUCCGAGAGAAAAUCAGCCUCGUAUGCGCUUGACAGGGACUGUGCUAAAGCGUUGGGCAGCGGAGCAAUAAGGAAAAUGGCAACAUCGAUAAGUGGAAGCCAAUUAUCAUACAAUGCG